GGCUUACGGGAAUCGGUUUCCCCCCCGGGAACUUGCGAGGUAUUUAUGUGGACGCCGAAGAAUUCGGUGCCGAACGUGUGUUUGUGCGCGCGCUGAAGGACGGGAACUUUCACUGCCUUCUAGAAUUGAAAGCUUGGUGUGUGCCUUGCCUAGUUUCACUUGAUACUCUUCAGGAAUUAUGUAGAAAAGAAAAGCUCACAUGUAAAUCGAUUGGAAUCACCAAAAGGAAUCUAAACAAUUAUGAGGUGGAAUACUUGUGUGACUACAAGGUAGUAAAGGAUAUGGAAUAUUAUCUUGUAAAAUGGAAAGGAUGGCCAGAUUCUACAAAUACUUGGGAACCUUUGCAAAAUCUCAAGUGCCCAUUACUGCUUCAGCAGUUCUCUAAUGACAAGCAUAAUUAUUUAUCUCAGGUAAAGAAAGGCAAAGCAAUAACUCUAAAAGAAAAUCACAGAGCUUUGAAACCUGCCAUUGCUGAAUACAUUGUAAAGAAGGCUAAACAAAGGAUAGCUCUGCAGAGAUGGCAGGACGAACUCAACAGAAGGAAGAAUCACAAAGGAAUGAUUUUUGUUGAAAAUACUGUGGACUUAGAGGGCCCCCCUUCAGACUUCUACUACAUUAAUGAAUACAAACCAGCUCCUGGAAUCAGCUUAGUAAAUGAAGCCACCUUUGGUUGUUCAUGCACAGAUUGCUUCUUUGAGAAAUGUUGUCCUGCUGAAGCUGGAGUUCUUUUGGCUUAUAAUAAAAAUCAACAAAUUAAAAUCCCACCUGGCACCCCCAUUUACGAAUGCAACUCAAGGUGUCAGUGUGGACCCGAUUGUCCCAACAGGAUUGUCCAAAAAGGCACGCAGUAUUCACUUUGCAUCUUUCGGACCAGCAAUGGCUGCGGCUGGGGCGUAAAGACCCUUGUGAAGAUUAGGAGAAGGAGCUUUGUCAUGGAGUAUGUCGGAGAGGUAAUCACAAGUGAAGAAGCUGAAAGACGGGGGCAGUUAUAUGACAACAAAGGAAUCACAUAUCUCUUUGAUCUGGAUUAUGAAUCUGAUGAAUUCACAGUGGAUGCAGCUCGAUAUGGAAAUGUGUCUCAUUUUGUGAACCACAGUUGUGACCCGAAUCUUCAGGUGUUCAACGUUUUCAUUGAUAACCUCGACACCCGUCUUCCCCGAAUAGCAUUAUUUUCCACAAGAACUAUAAAUGCUGGAGAAGAGCUCACUUUUGAUUAUCAAAUGAAAGGUUCUGGAGAUAUAUCUUCAGAUUCUAUUGACCACAGCCCAGCCAAAAAGAGGGCCAGAACUGUGUGCAAAUGUGGAGCUGUGACUUGCAGAGGUUACCUCAACUGAAUUUUCAGGAAAUAGAACUGAUGAUGAUUAUAGUUUUUUCCCUAAUGUUGUUACCAUUUUUUAAAAAUAAGUAUUUGGGACUCUUUUCAUAUUAUCAAGAUUAUACACUAUGUUAAUUUACAAUUCGUGUUUCAAACUAUUGGCCAAAUGCAUUACUGAUGCUUCUGAAGAGAGUGACACAGGGUCACAUAGACUAAUUUGGAAUAUACAUAUUCAGACUAUUUACAGAUCUGUGUAGAAGUCUGUGUGAAUAGAGAAAUGCCUCCUUCGGUGUUUAAGUGUUAAACUAAUGAUGUAACAGUCACUAAGAUCAAACAUUCGACUUGCCAUACACCUUGAAUUUAGAGAAAUAGAGUUAAUUCUUAUUGGACAAAUAUACAAGUUCUAUUUUUGUUAUUGUCAUUCCUGUUUACCUACUUACUACUCAUUGUACUUGUAUUUGAGACAAAUAGGUGAUACUGAAUUAUACUCUAUUUUCUACUUUCAUUAAAACAUUGAGAUCUUAAUGAUAUAGAAAUUUAAGGUCUAAAAUUAAAUGUAAAAAAAUUUAAUUACAGCUUGAUUUAAUAUUUUGAAGCAAUCUAGACCACUAAGAGCGGUGGAUGUCUGAACCAGUAAUUCUAAAAGAUUUUUUAAUCCUGUAGAAAAAAAAUAUCCAGAAUGUUCUCCCUAAAAUUCUAGAAUGGCUAGCUGUUAUGCUUCUUUGAAAGGAUGGGGCGGUUGGGACCAGGAGGGCUUUUUGGAGUGCCAGGCAGCGGAGAUGCAGCACUUUAAGGGCCCUCUUGAUGACAUGAAUGAGGCGAUCCACGCUGAGCAGCUCUGGUCUCCACAGUAAAACAGGAUACCCCCUGAGAGCAGCUGUACGUAACCAUAACGUUCCACACGAUAAUUAACAUUACAUCUUCUGAAUUUCAGGUAAUUUUAACAUUUCCUUUCCACCAAAUUUAAUUAUUUUUAUAAUAAAUAAAGGGCCUGCAGGCCCUUCUUAAGAAGUGAUCUAUAUUUUGAACUGAUACUUAUUUUAUACAUGAACUUUUUUAAUGUGCUAAAGCUAAACUUGGCUUGGCCAAAAUGUGUGUCUGAAUUAUGACCAUUUAUUACUUGAACUAUGAAGACUGAAAUGGAAUAUAUUCAUUGUUUGGGGGUUUUUUGUUGUUGUUGUUUUUUCCUACGUAGUGAAACCUCAGUCCGGAAAAACGAUAUUUUCAUCUCUUUCUGAUCCUGGGACUUCUAAUCAUGGUGUCCAGCAUGAAGGCGAAUGCAGCAGAUAAGUCUAAAUCUUGGUAUUCUUAAUUAAGUUCUGCCAGAGCUCCCUGCCCGAGGCUUUAAUGACCUACAGUAAGCUUGGGUAAAACUGAACUGACUUCAAGAAAGCAGCACUUCACAUCUUAAUCCUUAACCUCUCUUUUGGGAGAAGCUACACUUUGUUAUAUUGCUAUCACAGGAUUUUGCUCUUUCAUAAUAUGGGGUAAAUUGUUUACAUGUUUGGAGCCUCAGAGUAUAUCUAUCUGCUCACCAAAAUUUGCCGAAGGUGUCAAGGAAAAAUAUAUAUUUUUAGUGCCAUUUUUUUUCUUUAUGAAAAAAUAGUCACAUGGUGUCAGUGGUAAAAAAGCGUCACAGGUUUACAGGCCAAACUUGCUUUGAAUUAUAAUUCUCACAGGUUCAAAGAUGUAAUUUUACCUUUCUUUUAAAAAAGUCAGUGUUUUACUGUCUAGUGUUUUGAUCUUGUUUACUCUCUGUUAAAGAAAUGUAAAGCUGGAGGACAAAGGGAGAAUGACUAUUUUCGGUAAACCCGUUUUGUCUUGUCCUUAUUAAUAGAAACGUAAUGAGCCUUUGAAAUUUUUAAAUACCUGCCUUACCCUUAAGUUGUUAAAAAGCUGAACUUAAGCAGUAAAAUGAUAGAAACUAUUUAAACGAAGCUGUUAGGAGCUUUAACUAUUUUAAGUCAACAUUUAGCUUCUUUAGUUUCCUAAGUUGUCAGAAUUUGUUCUCUCGAUAUAAAGCAAAUAUUCAAGGGUAAUAUUUAGAUCAAGUUGAAACUGUAAAUUAAUCCACUGUUCAAGUUGUAUUGGUACCAUUGUUUUCGGUAUCUCCAGAAGAGGAUUGUGAUACACAAUUGGUAAACUCAGGGUUUUUUCCCCACAUACGCACAAAAUCUAGACUGCACUUAUUUUUCUUAUAGUUCAACAGUUUCUCUUUAGCAAAAUAAAUUUAGUUUGGCAUUUGAUUUUCUAUUUAUCAUGGCUUAGCUUUAUUUCUGAAUAUUUUACUGUCAUUUCGAGUAAGGCUACAAAAAGGGCAGAAAAAUAUUGAUGUAUUCCUGACUACCUGUUAUUGAGAUUAACCAAAGGUUUAUAUACCAUUCCUUUAAAUGUUACUUUUGAGAAAGUCUAUUAUUGUCAUGAUUCAUGCAUUUGAAUAUCAAAGUAGAAUUUUACACUUAGCAUAAGGUAGACGGAUACUUUUUAAAUUUUUGAGCAUUAUUAUUAGUCACCAGGUACUUAAACAUAUUGUGCUAAGUACUGCCUGGAAGUACAGAGGAAUUUUAGAAUUAGAGCUAAUAAUGUUUGAGCAAGUCUUAAGCCCUUUACCCGUACUCCUGUGCUUCUCAUGAGUCUGUGAGGUCGGUACCGUCUUCCUUAUAGCAGCAUACUGAAGAAACAGGCUUAGACUGGCUAGGGAACCUUAACAUCCCCAGGAUCAUAAACUAAACUUGACUACUUUUAAAAUAUUUGACCGACUUCAGGCAGACUGUUUUAAAAAAUCCAUUUCGACUGUUUGUUAGUUUAAACAAACUUCCAAGUCCUGGAUUCCUCUCUAAGGCAAAUGUAGCUAGCCACUGGGUUUCCUUUGUGACGUAUCUUGGUAUUUUGAAACUUUUUUUUCACUUCUUCAUACGUCACAGUUCUUGAAGUAAAAAUCAAGUAGCCACUGUAAUUAACCCUGCCCACUUCUAUGCUCUUUUUGAGAGGCAUUAGUGCAUAGUGGUUAAGAGCAUGGACUUGGGGGCCUGAAGUGCCUUGUCUGAGUCCUGGCUUCACCCUUGCUAACUACAUGAGCUCACCUCCCUGUGCCUUCGCCUCAUCUGUGAAUGGGGAUAGUAAGUGUACCUACCUCAGAGGGUGGCUGU